CUCUUUCUCUCUCUUUCUCUCUCUUUCUCUCUCUUUCUCUCUCUUUCUCUCUCUUUCUCUCUCUUUCUCUCUCUUUCUCUCUUUCUCUCUCUCUCUCUCUCUGGCCAGGUCGGACCCAGCGGAGGGAGAGAAUUUUUGUCGUGCUCUGGGAGCUCAAGGGAAGCGUCUCACCGAUUUGGAGUGGGCAGUUUCCAGCCUGGGACCGGGAGUUCAGUCAUUGUCUGAACAGCUACAAGCCCUGGCUGCCCAGACUCGUGGUUACUUGUCUGGAUUCCAUGUCUUCUGCUACAACAGGCCCAGCUGUUCUUGCUCCACUUCCAAUACCCAGGGAUCCUCCAGUUCAUUUUUCAGAACCCAGAGCACCCCCCAUUGAAAGGUAUGAUGGCACUCCUGAAACGUGCUGCUCAUUUUUGAAUCUUUGCUCGCUAACUUUUGAACUGCAGCCUCUUACCUUUGCCACUGAGCGUUCUAAAGUAGCCUUUAUGAUCACUAAUCUCACGGGGCGAGCACGUGAGUGGGCCACGGCUGAGUGCCAGAGACAUUCAUCUACCUGUGACUCUGUAGCUACUUUUUCUGCUGCUUUGGGUCAUGUUUUUGGUCAACCUGUCUCGGGCCGUGAGGCAGCCCGUGCACUUGGAAAUCUCAACCAAGGCAAAAGCCGUGUAUUUGAUCAUGCCAUCAGAUUUCGCACUCUGGCUGCGGAGAGUCAGUGGAACGACGAAGCAAUUGCAGACACUUUUUUUUCCUGAGUCUCUCUGAAGAGAUAAAGGACAGACUUACCAUGGUUGAUCUUCCUAAAAGUUUUGAGGGUCUUGUGGAACUUGCUAUUAAGAUUGACAACCGGAUGCAGGAACGAGAGCGGCUCAGAGGAGCUACAGGCCCUGGAUCUGCGCCUUUUAGUCCCAAGGAGGAACCUAUGCAGCUUGGUCGUACCCGUCUGAGCCAACAGGAACGCCAGCGCCGCCAACGUGAAGGACUGUGCCUCUACUGUGGGGAAAUGGGGCACUUCCUGGCUCAGUGCCCGGUAAAAGGCCUGGCUCACCAGAGGGUCCAUCCCACCUUCCAUGUUUCCCGAAUCAAGCCUGUCAAGACCAGUCGUUUGGUUCCUCCCUCCGACCCACCCCCUCCGCCCAGGUUCAUUGAUGGUGGUCCUGUCUAUUCAGUAAAGAAACUGUUGGCUGUUCGUCGCCGGGGCCGUCAGUACCUCGUUGAUUGGGAGGGGUACGGUCCAGAGGAAAGGUCCUGGGUUCCUGCUAAUCUAAUUUUUACAGAUGAAAUGUCAUGUACAGAUUAAACUUUGCCAUUAUCUCUGUACGAAGGCACUCACUUGCAUUAAACUCUGAAUGAAAACCCUCAA